CCCCGCUAUUCAUCUUAUGAUAUUGAGCAACUUAAUACGCCUGAUAUCACCAUGAACUCCAUCAGAGUUGUAUUUUUCGUGGCCUUCGUUAUGUCAAUGCUUUUUGCUGUAAGAGUUGUGGCACUCUGCGCGGAGACUUGCCCACCUGUACCAGACGAUUGCCCUAUAGUUCAGGCGAGAUGUGCAAAUUGUAUUGCAUGUGCCCUUGGAGAUGAGGACAACUGUAAUUCCGCUUCAGAAAGCUGUCUGGAGAAUCUUGUCUGUGCAAACGAAGUUAAUGAAUAUUUUGAAGGACUGGUACCAGAUUGGGCCAUACGUUUUGUAGGGAAAUGCACGACAAAAAAUGAUUCAAUGGUUGAGGCAGGUCAGUUCUCAUCCUCUUAUGAGUCCACGAGAUAAAACCAGAAAACCAUA